GAUCAGUCGUUCGCUGCGCGCGCGUCAAGUUAUCACGUAACUAUAGUGUUUUGUUGAUCGGCUCUGCAGUUGGUGCGCGUGCACGAUUCCAACACAUUCUUACCGAGUUGGUAAUAAGAAUCUCUUCGAGACGUAACACAAACGAGACACACGGUGAUAACAUUCCGAUACUCCGAGGUUGCGAGAGAGAUUUUCGUUUCUAUAUAAAUCGGAGCGUUAACUGUCAGAAGUGUGAAAAAAAGUCCUCCUCGCAAAAAGUUUUUGUUUCGUGUCGCGUGCCAAAUUGUGAGCGAUAUAUCGAAGUCGUGAACAAAAUUUAAAAUUGUGAUGUGAAAACGAUCAUUAUCGAGUAUAGAAACAAAAAAUUUGUUUCGACCGAUUCGCUUUCUUCUCCACGUUGUUAAUUCUUGCGGUAAAACUAAUUUGUUACUAAAAAAAAAAAAAAAAAUCAAAAGAGUUACGCGGUGACAUUCGCGUCGCGUUUGUGAUCUCGAGAUAUAAUAUCGUCUAGGAAAAAGCGAGAAGAGUCGUCUGUGCACGCGGAACGAACUGCGACGCGCGCAUUUGACUCGAAAGUCGCGUUCAAGAAACUGCUCUCGUGGCAUCGCAAGAUAUCUCGGUACCUAAGAUACCAGUCUUAUCUAUCGCGUCGUGAUAAACCGACAGGUUACGGCGUAAGCGUCCAGCCGGCGUCGUCGCGCGUCCUCGAGAAAACGUGCUCAAGUGUCGAGCCGAAGAUUCGUUCGAGGCGAAUCGAGGCAGAUCUCUCGGAUAGCCGUAACAGGUGACACAAUUAAUUCCGGAAUCGCUAUUGGUUGGAUCGCGUUUCUCUCUGCUCGUUAAUUUGUUUGUGUUUUUCUUUGCGUAUACGAAAAAAAGAAAAAGAAACAAAGACGCAAACUUGUGUUAAGAUGACGGCAGAUCGAAGCGACAGAUUCGUCGAUCCGAUUGUGGGCUCGCAGAUUCUCGCAGAUCGCCGACAAGCCUGAGUCCGAGAAGAGUUGAUUGGCAUUUCGUCUGAUGAACUUGUUGUUGGUGAACUCGUCGGCGAAUGGCUCGCAAAGAUCGCGCGACGAGUAGUGCUCUCGGCGAUAAUAGCUCGCAAAUCGGAGCUCGCGUCCUUCUCGGCGCGUCGGAAACGCGCAGGGUCACGUUCGCGCGCCGAUCGAAUUAAAAAAAAAAAAAAAAAAAAAAAAUACCACCGGACGACGAUCAACAAGGAGGACGGACGGCGAGCGAGAGCGAGCGGACGAUAACGAGGCGGCGCACGCAGAAGGAGCAUCGCGCUAGUGAGAAAGGAGGUCCCAGCCGGUGUCUUCUCUCGAUCUCUCCUUUUCCGCAACAACUUGUCCAGGUUUUUAUCGGACAAAGAAGAAAAAAAAAACAAUCAUCGGCGAGUGCUGUUUUUUGAUAAGAUUUCGCGCGAGUUUCAAACGACAGUUAAUGGUCAGGUUGUUUACAAAUUUGGGGAAUCGAAAGAAGACGCUCAAAUCGAGGAUUGAUGGGAGAGCUCUCGAUCGACAUGACAAGCAACGCAAAUUGAGAUAUAUAUUCCGACAGUGAGACAAACUGCUCGGAAGAGAAUCCAAGUAUGAUGAUGCCACCGCCACAAGUUGUAGGCGUUUUACUCAAGAAACCGGGACAGCAGACGCACCCACGGUUACCACCUCUGGAUCCGCAGGAGACCAAAAUUAGAGGUGAAUUGUACGUGGAGGAUCUGGGCGAGAAGAGAACGGUUUCCAUCAGGAUGGGUUGGUUGUGGGUCGAAGGCACCCCGAUGAGGCUACCACUGAGGGCGUUGAACCUACGUCAAGCACCACCCAGUCACUGCCAACCGCACACGCUCGCUCUGGGAUUUACCUUGAGCAACUCGCAGGGUCGUUCGCUCGCCACAUUUUGGGCGGACACGGAACCGAUCUACUGGUCCUGGGUCAGAGCGAUUGCGGCCGAACUAGUCCGGCAAACGCCGUUUCGCGCUCAGCGAUGCUUGAACUUCCUGGAGAUAUUGACCACUUGCCCGAGAGGCCCGAUUCCGCUACCGGACAGCCCGACGGAAACUAGAAGACGGUCCCGCAGCGAGCUACGCUGCUGGCCGAGCGACUCGCCGAUCGAGAAGACGACAAUGAACCCGUCGGUGAUACUCGACGAGUCCAGGAGAAGAGCGAGAAGUGAGUUACGGGGUUGGUCCAGUAGCAACUCGAGCGACGAAGAUCUCUUGGGAGAAUUCCGAAGUAUACCCGCUAUAAUCAGCACCAAGGACCAACCGGUCAGUAGAGCGUGGGGUUGCAGCGAAAGCAGCGAGGGUAGUGAUGAUAGUCUUCCUUGGGGUGGCGUGUGUCGAUCCAGCGUAGACUGCGUGGAAUCCACCGUUACUUUAUCGGAACCGGAAACGAGGGAACAGAGGAUACAGAGGUACAAGGAGACGCGCAGACGUGAGAACGAGGCGAGAAGUCGACGGGUUCUCGAAGAGGACGCCAGGCGACGGAAAGCGAAAGCCGAAGAAAACAAUAACAAUCUACCGAAGAUCUACAGUAGAACAAGGAGCAGGAUUAACGCGACCAACGAUAACGAUGACCUGCGUCCAACAACGCGCUCGUCCAAGAAGGAUGUGAUCACGUCAAUCGACGCAAUAACGCGAAACUCGAUAAUCGACCGAUUGCCUCCCGUCAAACCGAGCGACUCCAACACCGUGAGAUUUACUGAGGAUGUUCAUCGAAACGAGGACGACAAACGAAACAACAACAGUCCGAAAAAUGGAAACGGCAGUUCCGGAAUACUCCGAUCGGACACCAACGAGAGGAGAAGCAGAGCCAGAGAGAGAAGAAUCUUUCGCGACAGAGGACAGGACAAAUUGUCGCACCAACAUCAACAAUUGACCGGUAUCACUAUCGCGAAUGUGGAAACUCUUCGGGAACGAAAAGAGCGUUUGGCUCUUCUCAGUUCCAGGAUUCCUGUUUCCCGUCAAUUGUCGUCCCAAUCGUCUUCAAGAUACGUAGACUGUCCGACGUUAAUUUCCCCGAAAUCACCGAGCUCUCCGGCGGUCUUGAAGGAACCACCUUGCGAGGAAGUAGUUGCUAAACUGCUCGAACGAUGCCAGAGAGUUGAUCACUACGUGCCAGUGCGUGAGAAACUCACUCUGUUUGAAUCCCUCUCGAGGUUAGGCGGUCGGUUGGCCAGAAGCACGGAGGAUCUUGGUCGCACGUCUUCCAAACCAAGUCCCAGAGGGAAGCAGCGUGCCAGGUCUCUUCAUGAUCUCAAUCGAGGAGCAAGAACGGUACCCGUUAGGGAAAUGUGUCGGUUCUUCGAAGGCGAUUUGGAACAGGACGUCAGUCAAAGAACGAUGUCUCUUGUCAAAACGAGAUUUAGCGAACCAACGAAGAGCUUGUGGAAAGAAUCGAGUACCAAACACGACGCAAUUUCUAGCAACGCUUCAGCGCGGCGAAAACAUUAUCUGAAAUAAUCGACUUGACCAUGUAAAUCGAUAAUCUUCCAGGAGAUGUUUAGACUUCGCGAACGAAAGUCUCUCAACUUGUGAUUAUUUAUUUUUGCUGAGAGCAAAAGAAAUAGAAAGAGCUCGAUGAUGAAGGUUUAUUUAUUAUAUACAUUGAAAUUCUGAGAUUAUGAAAGCGCGGAAUAUUUUUUGCACGAUUUAAUUAUUAUUAUAAUUCUUCCCGAACCUUUUCAAAACGAAAUUAAAUUGUAAGAACCUUUUUUUUUUGUUACUGCUAACGCGCACAUGAUUGAUAGAUCAGUGAAAAUAAAAAAUAUUUAUAUACUCGAACUGUCAAGGUGAGGCGAAUUGGCCGUAGAAUUUGCGCGAGAGUUUCUCAGUCACGAUGACGAUUUGUUUCUCGACGUUGCGCGCGAAUCGCUAACACGAUCGAGUCGCGCUUAUCAAGCGCGUUCGAGAUUAGAGAAUCGAUUCUAUUGAUCGUUUUCGCGGGCGACGAUUGUCACACUUGCGCCGAGAGAAAGUCGCGUGUACGUGGACUUUUUUCACGCUCGAGGCUCCAAACUGUGCUCGAUUCUCUCGAUUGCCGAUUGUCGCGAUUAAAUCGAGGAAAGGAAAGAAUUAUUUUAUACAACAUAUCUUACGAAAGUGAGAAUAAAGAAAACUAUAGCACAGCGAGGAGAGCACGCGAUUGCAACAGACAUUUUCCACCUUUGAAUUAGAUUUCACCUUUAUUCGUUACGCGAAUGUCGUUUCGGAUUUGUAGACAAUCGCGUCUGCUCGUAUUUCAAAAUACAAAGUGUAAUGUUUAUCGCGCACGAUUGUGCGUAUCAGCGAGAUCGAGCGUGGCCGAUCGUGACACGAAGAGAAUGAGAGAAAGAAAAGCCACAAGUGAGAAGGAAAGAGAAAGAGAGAGCCGGGCAAAGAGAGAGAAAGAGAGAGAGAGAGAGGGGGGAGGGGGAGGGGAAAUCGGAGAAACCGGUAAUUUACGUUCACCGAGCGAUUGCCGCAACGUUGAACACCUGUAUGUAUACAAACUGUACGUGAGUCGAUCGGCGAGCUCAUUUUUUUCGAUUAGCCUGAAUUCGAUCAUCCGGAUUUUAAUCAGGCAACAGCUCCAGAUCGUUAAGUAUCCAAAGAGAUGAGAACGAUAAAAGAAUGCUCGCGGCGCGUUUUCCCGAUUGCGACAAACUCAUUUUGUACCUGAAAUCGUUGGAUUGUUUUUUUCUUAUUAUUAUUUUUUUUUUUUAGACCGUAUCGAUGUUAUAGUUUAAUGUCUGUUACAUAUUUGUCGUUGUAAAUAAGUGUCUAAUUAACGAUUUUUAUAUGGGAUAUAUGUAUAUAUACAUAUAUAUUUAUAAAUAUAUAUAUAUAUAUAUA